AUGUCCUUUCUUGGAAAAGAAUAUAAGGUGUAUAAGAAAGAGAAUUGCGACGAUCUUUUGAAGUAUCUAGGUGUUCCUGAAGACCAACUGGAGGCAGUAAAUUCGUUCAAUCCUACGGAGAAAUUUGAGAAAAAUGGAGAUACUUAUGUAUAUUACACUCAAGAAGUAAAGGGGCCGGUUGAAGUCAAAUUUAAAUCUGGUGAAGAGUUCGACUAUGUUCUUAUGGAUGAACCUACUAGAACAACAAUAGUAGUUGAUGGUAACACCGUGACUCAGACCACAAAGUCGGCUAAAAACGUUACCGUCUACAAGAGAGAGUUCAAUGGCGAUGAAUUAGUUGGGACUUUUUCGGCGGAAGGCUUUGACGGCGCUUACAAGUUCCACUACAAAGCCAUAUAA